GAGGAAGUACGUAGGUAUGUUUAAUAUAGAGUCUCUUUGAGGUCAAAAGGUUCUAAGUAAACGUAGACAACUAGAAACAACUAUGGGCCGUGAAGAAUUUGAGGGUACCAGCAUAUCUCCCACUUACGCCAAGCUCGUGGGAGAUUUAAGAACUUACAUCAGUGAGCAUAACGAAAAUGUAAGAAUAAAGGUAAAAAAAUGUCAGAAUGAGCCAACGGAAUUAGAGGUUGCGCAUGUGGCCUUUUGCUUCGUGCGAGGAUUACAUCAGAUCCUUUCGUCCUCGUCUGGUACGCCAACUGAUGCUCCAGGCUUAGACUCCUUCGUCGUGCGCAGUGUGCGGAAGCGUAUCGCACAGGCUUUUCGCGGUCUUUACGACUUUGAGAGGAACCGAUUGCUAGCAGCGCCUUUGGAGAAGACGCAAGAAGUUUCUUCUAGUGUUUCCGGAGGAACUACACUAGAAGAAGGUGCAGCUCGUAGUGCAGCUGCCCGACACCUUCUACAUCAAGCAGGUGAAGAGGAACCUAGUACUAUUAAAUGUCAAGAACCUGCUGGCCCUCAUCUUCAUCUCUCCAACGCUGUUCGGCAGGUCUUUGAAGAACAAGGGUUGGCGGAACAAGAGGAGGAUGAAUCAGAUAAUUCGUCUCGAGGAGAUAGAACAGAAGACGAAUUAGAGAACGAUGGGCAUGCUUCAGGUUCAGAAGAGGAAGAAGAGGAAGCAUCUUCAACGUCAGAGCACAGACUCAACAGUGGGGGAGCUUCAACAAGCAUUGGGCACCAAUCAGGCAAGCGCUCGGCACCUCCGACAGGUUCUAAUGUGCGAUCUCUCAGCAGCUUAUCGAGUUCGAGGCCACUAUUGAGUUCAAAGAAUAACAACACAUUUAAAGCAGGAGCAUGUUCGAAGGGAAAAGGUGGAGCUGCCACCUCUACCUCCCAGACACAGUCACAAGAAGCGAAGAGAGCAACAAACUGUAAUAAAGGCGGCGUUCUUAGCAACAACAGCAAGGGCCACCACCAGCCUUCUCAACACAACAACGCCAAGAAAGAAAGUCUCUUGGCUAAGGCAC